AACCCCUCCCGGGGGAGAUCCCCCCCCGGACGUUGUGUAUAGCAGAACACUACCUGAAUGGUUUGGUCCCCAAGAUGACACUAUUAUCCUUCAAAUGAGCCCAACUGAUGGCCACAAUCUUCCGAAAAAUCCGUUUACCAUAAGCAAGUCGGUUCAACAUGACGGUGGUAAAAUUGAAUACGCCAAGACCGAGGCUAAAGGAACAAAAUAUAUCAUCAAAGUUCGAGGUCGGAAACUAGCCGAGAAAAUCUUUAAACUGGAGACUUUGAUUGAUGGAACCCCAAUCGAAAUAACACCCCAUCCUCAGUUAAAUUUUACUAGAUGCGUGGUUACCUGUCAUGACGCUAUAGACCUUAGCGAUAAGGAGCUAUUGGACGAGUUAAAAAGCCAAAAUGUGACGAACGUUCGGAGAAUUACAAGAAAAGUUGAGCAGAAAACAUUAAAUACAGCCAGUCUCGUACUAACGAUUGCUGGCAUCGAAAGGCCAGAAUAUGUUAAUUUUGGUCUUCUCCGUAUCCCUACACGUCCGUACUAUCCUUCACCUAUGCUGUGCUUCAAAUGCUUAGAGUAUGGGCAUACAAAACUUAGAUGUUCAGGCAACGAAAAGUGUCAAAACUGCUCCCAGGAACACGAAGGAAAAUGCCAAAACCCUACUUUCUGUCAGCACUGCAAAAGCGAUCAUUCUGCAUUACACCGACAAUGUCCUAGAUACAUGAUGGAAAAUCAAAUCUGUAAGAUGCAAGUUGAUCUUAAACUAAGUUUUCCCGAAGCCCGACGACUCUACGAAUCCAAACACAAACAACCUUCCUAUGCUGCAGUCAGCUCAACAACACCUACCCUGCACGACGAACUCAGAAGAAAAGACCAAGUAAUCCAACAGCUGCAGAAAGAAAUUGAGGAAUUGAAAUCAACCUGGAAAAACCUCCAAUCAAGUUUCCAGAAGGCAAAAAAUUGGAUUCAAAGAUCCCAAAGUAACGAGAGAAACCGUUCAAAAAGUCAAGAAAGCCGUCAUCCAUCGACAUCAAAUCCCAUCACAAUAACAGUUAACCCGCCGAAACCCGAAAAUCCAAAUCAACCCAAAUCACAGCAAACUUAUCGCCCAAGCCGCUCCCUUGCGCCGAACCAAACACAAGUUAACCGCUCAGUGACACCAGUCAAAAGAAAUCAAAGCGAUGCCCAAAAACAAACUCAACCUCCUCAGAAAAAACAAGCCACCAUUCAACCCAGCGUAGAACCAGACAGCGGAUCUGAAACGGAAAUCCCUAUGGAGAGCCAAGAGAUGUUUUCCCAAAACUAAACCACCAAGAUGUCCAACUUUAAUUCAACUCUAACCAGCCAGAAUAC